GGAGAGGGUCCUAAAUGUGGGAGCAGGGAUGGGAAGUGGGCUAACAGGGAGAGGGUCCCAAAGGUGGAAGCAGGGAUGGGAAGUGGGCUAACAGGGAGAGGGUGCCCAAAGACCUCACAGCAGAUGGUUCCUGGAGUGAGGCCUGGUGCCCAGGCAGAGAUUGUCCCAGGAUGGCGCCGUCAGCCCGGGGUCAGGGUGGCCGUUUGGGGGCUGCUGGCAGCUUUGUGCUCCUGUCUGCAGAUGCUGUCAGAGAUGGAUUGGGGACAAUCCUGCGGGGAGGUGCUGAGUGGGGGAGCUACGACAACUGGCCCCACACCAGGUGGGUGCAUCAGAGGCAGCUGUGAUAAAUGGAGGGGCGAUAAAUAUAUUUACAACUGGGCAGUGUCCAAGGCCAUGAGAUUUAUGUUCCUCUGGUCUUGGUGGCCUCCUGCGUCCCUGAGGGCUCUGGAGGGAGCCUGGCCGGCCUCAUCAGUUUUCUGUGCUGCGUCUUCCAGGAAAAGCUGGGGGCCGCUGAGCCCAGGCCACCAACGGGAGCUGUGGACCCAGCCUGACCCCUGGACCGAGGUGCUUUCAGGGCACAAGGGGAAUGCGGGAGCCUGUGGCUGCUGUUGCUUCUGCUCUCAGUUCAUAAACGCACGCUGUGCACAUCCCCUGUGCUUGGCAAGGGGCCUGGAUAGAAGGGCCAGUGAGGAGACGCCCAUCCUCCAGGCACUGUGCCUCCUCCCAAAGGCCAGCAGCCCUGAGCAUCACUGUGCCCUCCCCACAAAGGCCAGCACCCCGAGCAUCACUGUGCCCUCCCCACAAAGGUCAGCACCCCGAGCAUCACUGUGCCCUCCCCACAAAGGUCAGCACCCCGAGCAUCACUGUGCCCUCCCCACAAAGGUCAGCACCCCGAGCAUCACUGUGCCCUCCCCACAAAGGUCAGCACCCCGAGCAUCACUGUGCCCUCCCCACAAAGGUCAGCACCCCGAGCAUCACUGUGCCCUCCCUACACAGGUCAGCACCCCGAGCAUCACUGUGCCCUCCCCACAAAGGUCAGCACCCCGAGCAUCACUGUGCCCUCCCCACAAAGGUCAGCACCCCGAGCAUCACUGUGCCCUCCACAAAGGUCAGCACCCCGAGCAUCACUGUGCCCUCCCCACACAGGUCAGCACCCCGAGCAUCACUGUGCCCUCCCCACAAAGGUCAGCACCCCGAGCAUCACUGUGCCCUCCCCACAAAGGUCAGCACCCCGAGCAUCACUGUGCCUCCCUCCCAAAGGUCAGCAGCCCCGAGCAGGGCCCUGGGGAGAGGCCAGGAGAGUGGAGGAUGGGAGGGAGAGUCGGAAGCGAGGGGCCCGGACUUGAGUAGGGUCUGGGUGGCACUUGAGGGUUUCUGCGAGAUGGACUCAUGGGCGGGAGAGCGGCAUCCCCAGGC